UAGUAUUAUUGGUACAUUUAAUGACAUAUCUAUUUAUCUAUCGAGUCAUUUAUGUAUUUAUUUAUUUUAGAUUUUGACAGGUUCCGUCCUCCAUAGUGCUCAGACUGGAUGAAAACUGUCUGAUCCACUGGUCAAACUGUAAACUUGGCAGAAAAACCUGACUCAGUCAGAUGAGGAGUCUUCACUGUAAAACUAAAGACGAUCCAGUGAGGACAGCACACACGGAGCAGAUAGACGGUCUACCUGGACGUCAUGGAUCACCUGUUGGUGCUGCUGCUGCUGCUGUGGAGCUCAGGACUCCAGGCUGAAGAAAAUAACAAUUCAACAGAGUCCGUCAAGUUGGUGGGAGGAGACAGUCGCUGUGCAGGAGCAAUGGAGCUGAAACGUCAGGGAGACUGGAGACCAGUGAGAAACUAUUACUGGACCCUGAAGGAAGCAGCUGUUGCUUGCAGACAGUUGGACUGUGGCUCUGCUGUUUCUGUAGAAGAGAGAGAGGAGUCCUCGAGCAGAUAUGUGUGGAGGAUCAGCUCUGACUGUGCUCAGUCUGGAUCUGCUCUGUGGGAGUGUGCAAUACCAGAUUACUCUAACUCCAUCCUGAAUCUCAACUGCUCAGGUAGGCCCAUCAGUGACAUCAUCUAUGGCACACAUGCACCAGCUAGAAUCACAGCAGACUGUCUCCAGCAGCCAUGAUGGAGUCUGUUGAUCUGCUGCCUCCGUAAAUCAGGUGCUGAAUGCACCAAGAUAAAUAUCUGUAGAUAUGAAAUAGGUUUGUCAAGGUAGUCAGUGUUACCGGUGUUACACGGUGCUCGGGCAGACACCGAUUAUAUUACGUCCCCACCAUCCGAAUGCAUCUGCUCCGUAAGGAGUAAGCUCAGAAUAGCAGGAGUCAUAUUUCACACACACAGGACAAGAGAGAGUUGACAGACAAGACAAUGGCGAAGGAUUUGGUGUUGAAGCGAAAAGCAAACGCACCUAUUUGGCAAUAUUUCAGAUUUAAACCCAAAUGCUAUGAGGGAACCACAACCCUGCUCAGGUAAGCCUUACAAGGACAUCAUCUAUGACAUCAUCUAUGACAAUAAUGUACCCAGGUUGAAACACACAUGCACCAUUUAGAAUGGCAGCAGACUGUCUCAGCAGCCAUGAUGGAGUCUGAUGAGUUGUUGCCUCGGUAAAUCAGCUGCUGAAUGCACCAAGAUUUUUAUUCUCUCCCUGGUUUCCCAUCCAUCCCUCUGCCUCUCCUACUGACCCUCUUCUAGAGUCUGACCCUUAAAGGCUAUAACUGAUAAGUUAAGAUCAGCCUGGUCUCAGGAAAUAGGUGAGGGCAAAGAUGAUUUAACCUGGGAGGCUAUCCAGGUAAGGUCCACCACUCUUCUAUUUGUAUCAGGCACGGGCUGAUUCAGUGCGAAAUGAUCCACAGGGCACACUGGAACAGGUGAUUGCCCAGAGUCAACCCAACUAUUGAUCCAACAUGUAUCCGCUGCCACAGAGACCCUGCAAAUCUAAUUCAUGUGUUUUGGUCCUGUCCUUCCCUAACUACAUAUUGGGAAUCUGUAUAUAAUACACUCUUUCAGGUGGCUCUAUCCCUCUUGAGCCGUCACCUGACGCUUCUUUAUUCGGCGUCAAACUAUUAGUGCAGCGUUUUGAAAUGGCGCUCCAAAUUGACCUUCUUUCGUAAAGCCAUGCUCACAUUGCAGAUGAGACAGACCGAGUUAGAAUAUGAGGAAACAAUAAAAUAAUCCUUCUCCCAGUUUGAAUAAAAAUUAUA